AUGGCGGCAAAGAGGGAAGUCGACGGUGAGGUACAGAGAAGUAGAUCGACAGUGAAGAGAAAGGAAAAUUUCAUACGCUCUCUCUAUCACUUUCACAGGUUCGGUCGUUCAAAUAAGAGAAGCAGAAGGAAAAAUCUAAUGACUGUAAGGUGGAGAUGCGACGGCAAGAAGGAACAUAGACCAACGCAACAGCAAAACACACAGAGCAACAACCAGCAUCAAACACGCACAGCAAUAGAAAAACACACACAGAGGAACAGCCAGCCAUCAAACACACACAGUAACAGCAAAACGCACACAGAGGAACAACCAGCCAUCAAACACGCACAGCAACAGCAAAACGCACACAGAGGAACAGCCAACCUUGAAACACGCAUAGCAACAGCAAAGGAGAAGAGACUCCAAGAUCCUUGCCUCAACUAUUGUAGAAACAAGGAGGAGAAGGUUCUGGGCAUGCUAACAGGGAGGAGAAAAGAAGACUCUGCAACACCGAACAGGGGAAGGGCUGGACGUCGAGUGCGAAAGAAAGAAAGAGAAGAAGAAGAAGAAAGAAGAGGAAUGUCGGCGGCACAAAAGGAAAGAGAAACGCACGCCCAAGUGACAGAUGUACCGUCGGUGCUUUACCAUGGUGGCGACGAGCUGAUGACAGAGAAGAGAAAGAAGAAGGAUGGCAGCAAUGCUUACAGCUGCUACACAUAUAGAGGAGGAAGAGCGGAGGAUUUGCGAGCUCCCUAA